GCUCCGGCGAACUUGGGGGAAUUCGCGGCCAUCCGUCCCCUUGCCAUUUUUGGAUGCGUUUUAUAGCCGAUUUUUUUUUUUUCUUGGGGAGGAAAAAAAAAAGGAAAAGAGAAGACCCGGCGGUGCUCCUCCGCGCGGCAGCGGGACGGGGCACGGUGGGGUGAAGGGAGCAACAAUGCCAUCAUGUUUUUGAGACAGGAAGCCUCCGAGUUUGCCCUGAAUGAAGAACUUCCUGUGUUUAAACUUGCACGAAUAUCCGCUGACAAGCUCAGUUCAAAUGAAAACACGAGAGUCGGGGGGAGAGGCUAAUUUGGAGCAGCUGGACUGCGCGGGACGGCAGCGGGUGGAGGACGCGAGGAGCCGCGGUUCCUGCACAGCCCGGACCUUUGUUGCUAAAGAAGGACACACGGGAUAAAUCAGCAGCUCCGAACACCUCCGCAUCUCCUACUGCAAACGGUGAUCGGGAGUAUUUAUUGGAGCUGUCGUACUCGUCGGGUUUUGCUGACAGAUGGCUUUUUGGGGAUGAGAGGUGCCGUUCUGCUGCCCGAGCCCCGCGGCGGGGCUGUGCAUCGGCCCUGUAACCCCGCAGCCCCAUAGCUCCGCCUCGCCGGGUCCAACGCGGUGUGAUGGUCCCUGCGGCGCCGGGCGCGAGGUUGACGGGGAGCUUCUGUCAUCUGUAAGGGCGAGAGCAUGGGCAAACCACUGAGCAGGCCAGACUGUCUACGGCAGAACCGCACUUGCCUGGGGAAGGGCGAGGAGGAGGACGGCUACAUAGAGGACUGCUACGUGCCCCAGCGCUCCAUAUACGACACGAUGAGAAUCAAUGAGCAAAUUGAUCAGGGAUCGAAGCUUAACCAGCUUUCGAAGAGCACCCUGGGCAAGGGGGAUGGCAGCACCAUCUCCAGCAAUGGGACGUUGGGAGCUGCCAACGUCUUUGAGUCGAGGGCGCCCGAGGCGAAGAAGCUGGACGAGCGAGUCAUCUUCGACGCGCUGAAGCUCAGCAGCGACGUCUCCAAGCCGGCGCCGCCUCCACCCCGCAGGCGGCCAAACCCCGAGAGGAAGGAGAACGUGAACCGGCGGUCGUGGAAAUCCUUCAUGCCACCCAACUUCACCGAGUUUGCAGAGAGGAUGGGGGCCUCGCUCAGCGAGGUGUCGGAAGCGGGUGCCUCCAACCCCUCACUGCGGGAUAAGAGGGACUCCAGCGCUCUGCUGGCUGAGCACGCCGGGCAGCCCGACCGCAGCGAGCCCAUGUCUGAGUCGCUCACUUUGGAGCACGUCUCCAAGUCAUCCGGCACAACGGAGGCCAUGCAGUUUGCCACAGACUCCUAUGGCUGUGCCGCAGAUGAGCGCCAGCCCUUGCUGCCCGCCGGCGAUGGCCGCGCUCGAGCCACGGAGCUGGCCAGGGCUCGCCUGCUGCCCAGUGCCACGUGGCCGCGGGCCAGGAAGAACUUCCCCAAGGCCAACGUUGGCAGUGGGCAGCAGGAGACUCUGGAGGCCUCAGAGUCGGACUGCACGGUGGAGAACGUCAACCUUUCCCCAUGCCUGAGCGAGGAGCUGCUGGAUGCGGGACUGAAUAUUCUCAUUACCACCAAUCUCAGAGAAAAAACUGAGUCUGAGCUGAGAUUUGAGGAGGACGAGCGCUGGGUGAUGAUGGAGGAGUGGGAGGAGGCGACGCUGUCAGAGAGAGGAAAGGCUGUGCUGGUGGCAGAGGAGAAGAAGAGCUGUUGCUUGGCAGAUAUUUCUGAAGAAAGGGAACAUUUCACUGCUCCUGGGGACAGCUCUGCCCCCAGCCUGGGCACCGUGCAGCCCUGCAGCCCCCGGGGCGAUGCCAGCAGCCCCAUUGCCAGCAGUGCACGCUGCACUGAGGAUGUGGCGGUGCAGUGCGAGGCGAAAGACUUUGCUGCGGGUUUGGAGCGCUCGGCCAGCCCUGCCAUCCCCGAGCUGUCUGAUACGGACUCGGUGCAGAUGUUUCUGGAGCUGGAGGAGCAGUGCCUGAAUGAGGACGAGGGUGAUGGGGCCAUUCCUGCCCUCCUGGGUGCUAGGUUCUCCCCAGUGGACUCGGAGGGGCUGGACCCAGAUUUGGAGAAACUGAUGGGGGCAGCAGGUGAAGCAUGUGAGCCUACGGCCCUGUUGGAAGUCAGUGUUUCGGACUCUGCUGUUGUGUCGGAUCUGGAGGACUUUGAUGUCACCUGCAGCUCUCAGAUGCUGAGCACGAUGGAGCCGGUGACAGAGCCCUUCUCUGAAAGGGACACCUUGGCCAUCACCCCAACGGACUCGGAUGGAGGCACCUCUCCCAGUCCUAUGGCCACGGUGGGGACGGACUCCAGCCAGCAGUGCUUCCUAGCUCUGGUAGAGGAUGCAGCUGACCCACUGGCAGACGUGGGGCCCAUGGGCUGUGCAGUGGCAGUGCUGGUGGCUCCUGAGACAGGUUUGUGUCCAGCCUUCAGCCUUGAGGAAGCUGCUCACCCCGGUGCCCCGAUGAGGUGGGAAGGCGGCCACCAAGACUUGUUCGUCCCCUCUGAUGAAGUACCGCAGUGCCCUGAGGAGCCCUCUCCUGUCUCAGUAUCCCCAUCCCGGCUGUCUCCCUGCCAGCCCCCAGCCCCUGGCAUGGUGGCGGAGGGGCUGGGGUCCCCUGUGCAUUACCACGAGGUUGUUGGGGGGUCAGACCCAUCACACAUUUGUCACCUUCUGCCUGGAAGGACUGAGCUUGCCAGCUACAAUGUCCCAGAACUGCUUUCCGAGGACAAAGCCACAGAUUUGGGAAAAGAAAGCGAUGGAUCUGAGGGCCAAACUUGUUCAGAAGACAAGCACUGUCACAGCAGUCCUCUGCCACCGUUCCACACUGGCUCUGCAUCAGAGCCAGGCUCUGAGGCUGCAGUGCUGCCCUCAGGAGCCGAGGAGCAGCUGCAGGACGCGGUGACCUCAGGGCAGGUCCUGGCACUGGAAGGGUCUCCUCGCACUGAGGGGUCGCAGAUGGAGGCGGCCGUCCUGCAGCCAGGAGACCUGGCCCUGCUGUUUGCCUGCAGCUGGGAGGAGCGGCCGUGCCGUGCCGCGGGGAACGGCGCUGCCAUCCCAGAAGGGCUCAGGACAUCACCCACCGCUCUCAGUGCUGCUCUGUGGGGCCCGGAGGGGCUUCUGGCCCUGGCUGACCCAGCGGUGCUGGGAGACCCGGAGGUGCCGGAGUCCUGGGCUCAAGAGGCAGUGCCGGGCGCCGGGGGUUUUACUGUGGAUGCCGAGGAACCGCGUGCCGAGCACCUGCCCCUGGGUGCCACCGCCACCGCUGUGCCCUUGGUGGUGGAAGAGCUUCUGGAGGCCCCGCCGCCAUUUGCUGAUGUCCCCGUGGGCUCUGUGCCACCACCGCCAGAGGCCGACCCGCUCCUCCCCGGCGCUGGGGACUUCGGCAGCGGCCCGGUGCUGCUGCUCGCGGCCUGGCAGGAUGCAGGUGACUCUGCCGCUGUGGAGCAGCUGCUCAAUAGGGCACUGACUUUGGAGGACGAGCCCAUUGCUGAGGGGGCUGCGCUGGAUGGGGCCGAGGGCUGCGCACCGGGCCCUGUGGGGUCAGAGCCGGGGCCCGUGGGCUGCCUGGGACCCCCCGCCUCCAUCCCCCGUGCAGAAGGGGCUCCUGCUCCAGCAGAUGGAUUCGUUCCAGAUAAUGAGCUGUUCCAGAAGGAGCAAGUGGAUCCUCUCCAGCUAAAACUGCAGCAAGUGAACGGAGUUGGCCAAGGACUCAUCCAAAGCGCCGGGAAGAACUGUGAUGUCCAAGGGCUGGAACAUGACAUGGAAGAGAUCAACACCCGCUGGAACACCCUCAACAAGAAGGUGGCCCAGAGGAUCGCCCAGCUGCAGGAGGCCCUGCUGCGCUGCGGGAAGUUCCAGGAUGCCCUGGAGCCGUUGCUGAGCUGGCUGGCUGACACCGAGGAGCUCAUCUCCAACCAGAAGCCUCCAUCUGCUGAGUACAAGGUGGUGAAAGCGCAGAUCCAGGAGCAGAAGCUGCUCCAGCGACUCCUGGAUGAUCGCAAAGCCACCGUUGAGAUGAUCCAAGCAGAGGGCGGGCGCAUCGCGCAGUCAGCUGAGCCCGCAGACCGGGAGAAGAUCAGCGGGCAGCUGCAGAGCCUGGAGAGCCGCUGGGCAGCGCUGCUGUGCCGGGCAGCAGGCAGGCAGAAGCAGCUGGAGGACAUCCUGGUGCUGGCAAAGCAGUUCCAUGAGACCACAGAGCCCGUGUCAGACUGGCUGUCGGUGACGGAGAAGAAGUUGGCCAACUCGGAGCCCAUCGGCACGCAGACCACCAAGAUCCAGCAGCAGAUCAGCCGGCACAAGGCUCUAGAGGAGGACAUAGAGGGCCAUGCGGCCGACGUGGCCCACGCGGUGCAGGUCGGGCAGGGGCUGUCCGUCCUGAGCUGCGCCGCCGAGCAGCGGCUGCUGGCAGAGAAAUUGGACUCUCUGCAGGGCCGUUACGGGGAGGUCCGCGAGCGGUGCUGCCGGAAGGCGGCUCUGCUGGAGCAGGCCCUGUGUAACGCCCGGCUCUUUGGGGAGGAGGAGGUGGAAGUGCUCAACUGGCUGGCUGAGGUCGAGGACAAGCUCAGCUCGGUAUCCGUAAAGGAUUACAAACGGGACGUCCUGCAGAAGCAGCAUGCUGACCAGCUGGCUCUGAACGAGGAAAUUGUGAACAGGAAGAAAAAUGUGGACCAAGCCAUCAGAAAUGGACAGGCUCUCCUGAAGCAGACCACAGGGGAGGAGGUGUUGCUCAUCCAGGAGAAGCUGGAUGGGAUUAAGACCCGCUACUCGGACAUCACUGCCGCCAGCUCCAAGGCGCUGCGCACACUGGAGCAGGCUCGCCAGCUGGCCACCAAGUUCCAGUCCACACACGAGGAACUCAAUGCCUGGAUGAGCAAAGUGGAGGAUGAGCUGGCGUCCAGCGGGGGACAGUCCCCAGCCAGCGAGCAGAUACCCCAAUUCCAGCAGAGGCAGAAGGAGCUGAAGAAGGAGGUGAUGGAGCAGCGCCUCGUCCUGGACACGGUGAACGAGGUGAGCCGGGCGCUGCUGGAGCUCGUGCCGUGGCGAGCCCGCGAGGGGCUGGACAAGCUGGUCUCCGACACCAACGAGCGCUACAGGCUGGUCAGUGACACCGUCAGGCAGCGGGUGGAGGAGAUCGAUGCUGCCAUUCAGAGGUCCCAGCAGUACGAGCAGGCGGCCGACGCGGAGCUGGCCUGGGUGGCUGAGACCAAGCGGAAGCUGAUGGCGCUCGGAGCCAUCCGGCUGGAGCAGGACCAGACCACGGCCCAGCUGCAGGUGCAGAAGGCUUUUUCCAUCGACAUUAUUCGGCACAAAGACUCCAUGGAUGAGCUGUUCAGCCAACGCAAUGAGAUCUUUGGGACGUGUGGGGAAGAGCAGAAAGCUGUUCUCCAGGACAAAACAGAGUCCCUGGUGCAGCAGUACGAGGCGGUGAGCCAGCUCAACUCGGAGCGCUACGCUCGCCUGGAGCGCGCGCAGGUCCUGGUCAACCAGUUCUGGGAGACCUACGAGGAGCUGAGCCCCUGGAUCGAGGAGACGCAGACCCUGAUCUCCCAGCUGCCCCCCCCGGCCAUCGACCACGAGCAGCUGAAGCAGCAGCAGGAGGACAUGAGGCAACUGAGAGAGUCUAUUGCUGAACAUAAGCCUCAUAUCGACAAGCUGCUGAAAAUCGGACCACAGCUCAAGGAUCUCAACCCUGAGGAAGGGGAGAUGGUGCAGAAAAAGUACUCGGCAGCAGAGGCCAUGUAUGCCAAAAUCAAGGAGGAGGUGUGUCAGCGGGCUCUCGCACUUGAUGAAGCCGUCUCGCAGUCCACUCAGAUUACGGAGUUCCACGACAAGAUCGAGCCGAUGCUGGAGACGCUGGACGCCCUCUCCUCCCGCCUGCGUGUGCCGCCCCUCAUUCCUGCCGAGGUCGAUAAGAUCCGGGAGUGCAUCAGCGAGAACAAAAACGCCACGGUGGAGCUGGAGAAGCUGCAGCCUUCCUUUGAGGCUCUGAAGCGGCGCGGGGAGGAGCUGGUCGGCAGGUCGCAGGGCGCAGAUAAGGACCUGGCAGCAAAAGUAAUCCAGGAUAAGUUGGAUCAGAUGGUCUUCUUCUGGGAAGACAUCAAAGCUCGGGCAGAGGAACGUGAGAUGAAGUUCCUUGAUGUCCUGGAGCUUGCAGAGAAGUUCUGGUAUGACAUGGCAGCCCUCCUGACUACCAUCAAAGACACGCAGGACAUCGUUCAUGACCUGGAGAGCCCAGGGAUUGACCCAUCCAUCAUCAAGCAGCAGGUGGAAGCGGCAGAGACUAUUAAGGAGGAAACGGAUGGCUUGCAUGAAGAGCUGGAGUUCAUCCGACUCCUCGGAACUGAUUUAAUUUUUGCCUGUGGUGAAACUGAGAAACCAGAAGUGAAAAAGAGCAUUGACGAGAUGAACAAUGCAUGGGAAAAUCUAAACAAAACUUGGAAGGAGAGGCUUGAGAAGCUCGAAGAGGCCAUGCAGGCGGCUGUGCAAUACCAGGAUACUCUUCAAGUAAGAGACAGGGCUGUUGGUGGGCAGUGGGCAGACCUGGGGAGCAGCACUGUGAGUCCUCUCCUUGAAGCUGUACUGGGAUAUGCGUUAAUGCAGGGCAGGAAAGUGUCUCCUGUGUGAAUGUUUGCAGCCUCCGUUAGACCCUGAGCUCACAACCAC